AUGGACGCCGUCGACGUCUCGGAGCACUACGAGGUCACCGCGGCCGACAACUCCCCCUCCCUCCUCUCCAUCGUCCUCGACACCAACCCGCGCGCCUGGGCCGCCCUCGACUCCUCCCUCUCCCUCGCCCAGGCAAUCUCCAACAUCCUCGUCUUCGUCAACGCCCACCUCGCCUUCAGCAACGCCAACCAGGUCGCCGUCAUCGCCGCGCACGUCAAUCGCGCCGUCUGGCUCUAUCCCGCCCUCCAGCAUCCCUCCUCCACGACCGUCAAGGACAACUCGGGCGAUGUGCAGAUGCACGACGCCUCGGCAGAGACAAGUCUCCCGCCGCCAUCAGCAAACAAGUACCCCCAGUUCGCGCAGAUCGAAUCCUCCGUCUUCUCCUCCAUCCAGACCCUCAUGGCCGAGACCACCGUCCAGGACCUCGACCAGUUGACGACACAGCUCUCGGGCGCCCUGACCCUCGCCCUCUGCCGCAUCAACAAGGCCGCCCAGGCCCUCAGCUCAUCCGACACCACGCUCUCCAACGCAGCCCCCGUCAACGCCACCGCCCCGCCUCCCGUCAAGGGCCGCAUCGUCGUCGUCUCCGUCUCCGACUCCGACCCGUCCCAGUACAUCCCCACCAUGAACGCCGUCUUCGCCGCGGCGCACAACCAGGUCGCCAUUGACACCAUUUCUCUCGCCGGCGACUCGACCUUUCUCCAGCAGGCAUGCUUCAACACAAACGGCAUCUUCCUCAAGGCUGCCAACCCGAGGGGCCUGCUGACCUACCUCAUGUUCGGCCUGAUUCCCGACACGGAAGCGCGCGCGUCCCUCAUCACGCCGACCCACGACACAGUCGACUUUCGAACUGCCUGCUUCUGCCACGGCAAGGUCGUCGAUACCGGCUACGUCUGCUCUGUCUGCCUCAGCAUCUUCUGCACACCGCCCGACAACGCUGAAUGCCUCACCUGUGGCACAGUUCUUGCGCUGGGCAACUACGGCGCUAAGCCCGCCGUCUUGCCUCGGAAAAAGAAGAAGAAGAAGAAGAUUGCCAACGGCAGCGGGCGAGAGGAGACGGGCAGCGCGACGGGGACGCCAAGGCCGUGA